CCCCCCCCUCCCGUCACAAUGCCGUUGGUGACGAGGAACAUCGAGCCUCGCCACGUGUGCCGCCAGGUGCUCCCCAGCGCCAUCCGCAGUGAGCUGGAGUGUGUCACCAACAUCAGCCUCGCCAACAUCAUACGGCAGCUAGGCAGCCUCAGUAAGUAUGCAGAGGAUGUGUUUGGAGAGCUGUUUGUGCAGGCGGGGACGUUUGCUAUCAGGGUGAACUCACUGGGUGAGAGAGUGGACCGUCUACAGGUCAAAGUCACCCAGCUCGACCCGAAAGAGGAGGAGGUCUCCCUGCAGGCCAUCACCCAGAAGAAAGCGUUUCAUAGUAAUCUGACUCAGGACCAGCAGUUAUUCUGUCGACCCUCUUUACCACUGCCUGUACAGGAGACUUAUCUGACCUGCAAUCCUCCUCCACCACUCAACAACCUCAGCCAGUACAGGGACGAUGGAAAGGAUGCUCUGAAGUUCUACACAGACCCGUCUUACUUCUUUGACCUGUGGAAGGAGAAGAUGCUGCAGGACACCAAGGACAUCAUGAAGGAGAGACGCAAACACAGGAAGGAGAAGAAGGACAAUCAAAAUAUGCGGACUCUGAAUCCCAGAAAGAUCAAGACCAGAAAGGAUGAGUGGGAACGACGCAAGAUGGGGGAAGAGUUUGUGGUACCCAAGAACGACAUGGGAGAAUCUCUUGAGGGUCUGAAUGGAAGUAUUGGUUCAGGAGAAGGCUGUUAUUCCCCUGAUGCUUUAGACCAGAGUACAGGGUCGUACGCCUUCGAUCCCGGCUCCCCCCUCCCUCCCCCCGCCCCCGAUGACUUCCUGCCCCCACCACCCCCAGACAUGACGUAUGACGGACAGUACGGAGCACCAUCCCAGAAGCGCACCAGCGUUCUGAGCCCCACACACCCUCCUCCAGCCCCUCCCAUGACCUCUCCUGCUUCCAGUGGCUCCCGGCCCAACCUGGCCCCUCCCCCUGCCCCACCUCCCCCUCCCCCCUCUGGCUUGGGGAUCCCUCCCCCUCCCCCCUCUGGAUUUGACUCCUCCCCUCCUGCUCCCCCUCCUCUCUUCUCCUCUGCCUAUCCCUCCCCCUGCCCCACCUUCUCCUCUCUCCCAGACCACCAUCUCUCCACCUCCUCCCCCUCUCUCCCCCAGGGUGGUGGCGCACCUCCUCCUCCUCCUCCCCCGCCUCCUCCAGGCCCUCCUCCCCCCUCUUCUGGCCUCCCCCCUCCCUCCUUCUCCAUUGGGGCUCCCCCUCCUCUCAAACCCACCCAGGUUCAGCCAGAAGCCCCCGCUGACGCUCACAAUGACUUGCUGUCAGCUAUCCGGCAAGGUUUUAACCUUCGUAAAGUGGAGGAACAGAAAGAGCAGGAGAAGAAGGAUAACUAUGGCAACGACGUAGCGGCCAUCUUGUCUCGCCGUAUUGCUGUGGAGUGCAGCGACAGCGAAGACGACUCCUCGGAGUUGGACGAUGACGAUUGGUCCGAGUGAGGCCUCCUUCACCACCACCACCACCAUCGUGGUCUUCCUCAGUCCUCCUCAGAGAGAAUGCAUCAUGUCCUUUUGCCAUUACUUCUUUAUAACCAAUGAUCUGAGGAGGAGAGGGCCAAAGACAAGUGUGUCCUCUUUCACACUCCUGUCUAAGCCAGUCACAUUCCCCCCGUGUGUUAGUCACAUUCCCCCAUGUGUUAGUCACAUUCCCCCCGUGUGUUAGUCACAUUCCCCCCGUGUGUUAGUCACAUUCCCCCCGUGUGUUAGUCACAUUCCCCCCGUGUGUUAGUCACAUUCCCCCCGUGUACCAGUCACAUUCCCCCGUGUGUUAGUCACAUUCCCCCCGUGUGUUAGUCACAUUCCCCCCGUGUGUUAGUCACAUUCCCCCCGUGUGUUAGUCACAUUCCCCCCGUGUGUUAGUCACAUUCCCCCCGGUGCCAGUCACAUUCCCCACGUGUGUUAGUCACAUUCCCCCCGUGUGUUAGUCACAUUCCCCCGUGUGUUAGUCACAUUCCCCCGUGUGUUAGUCACAUUCCCCGUGUGUUAGUCACAUUCCCCCCGUGUGUUAGUCACAUUCCCCCCGUGUGCCAGUCACAUUCCCCCCGUGUGCCAGUCACAUUCCCCCAUGUGUUAGUCACAUCCCCCCGUGUGC